GCUACGAUAAAGUCUUCUUGUCUUUUAGGUCAAGGGGACGAGUUGUGAACCGGUAGAAGCUUUUUAAAAAAUGACUUCAUUUUUGGCAAUUACGUCCAGAAAGGGACUGACAUUGUUUAGUCUACAAAAACAAUGGAAAUGUUUUCAUACUUCACCCUUGGCAGCUGCUGCCGCAAAGGUUGCAAUGAGCAAGUUUGAUAGUAAUCAUUACAUCCCUUAUGAGAAGCUUAAUAAUAAUCUUAAAAUUGUUAAAAGCAGAUUGAAACGUCCUCUUACUUUAUCAGAAAAAGUAGUUUAUUCACAUCUCGAUCAACCAGAUUCGCAAGAAAUAGAGAGAGGAGUUAGUUAUUUAAGAUUGCGACCAGAUAGAGUUGCAAUGCAAGAUGCCACUGCACAAAUGGCUAUGCUUCAGUUUAUAUCUAGUGGUCUUAAAAAGGUAGCAGUUCCUUCAACAAUUCAUUGUGAUCAUCUUAUAGAAGCUCAGGUUGGAGGUGAGAAAGAUUUAGCUAGAGCUAAGGAUAUUAACAAAGAAGUUUAUAAUUUUCUAAAAAGUGCUGGUGCUAAAUAUGGGGUUGGAUUUUGGCAUCCAGGAAGUGGUAUUAUACAUCAGAUUAUCUUGGAGAAUUAUGCAUUUCCUGGUGUAUUAUUAAUUGGAACGGAUAGCCAUACACCAAAUGGAGGAGGUCUUGGUGGUGUUUGUAUUGGUGUGGGUGGUGCAGAUGCCGUAGAUGUUAUGGCAAAUAUUCCAUGGGAAUUAAAAUGUCCAAAAGUUAUUGGUGUUCGACUGACCGGAAAAUUAUCAGGCUGGGCGUCACCUAAAGAUGUGAUUUUGAAAGUAGCUGGAAUUCUGACUGUUAAGGGAGGCACUGGAGCAAUUGUCGAAUAUUUUGGUCCUGGUGUCGAAUCUAUUUCUUGUACAGGAAUGGGAACAAUUUGUAAUAUGGGUGCAGAAAUAGGAGCAACAACUUCUAUCUUUCCUUAUAAUGUAAGAAUGAAAGAUUAUCUUAAUGCCACAAAUAGAAACGAAAUAGCAAAUUUAGCUGAUCAAUAUCAAGAACUCUUAACCCCAGAUCAGAACUGUGAAUAUGAUCAAGUAGUUGAGAUUAAUCUUAGUGAGCUGGAACCCCAUGUAAAUGGCCCUUUUACUCCAGAUUUAGCCCAUCCUAUUUCAAAACUUGGUCACAAUGCUAAAGAAAAUGGUUGGCCUGUAGAAAUUAAAGUUGGUCUUAUUGGUAGCUGUACUAACAGCAGUUAUGAAGACAUGGCAAGAGCAACGUCGGUGGCUAAACAAGCCUUGAAACAUGGAUUAAAAUCAAAAUCAAUAUUUACUGUAACACCAGGUUCAGAACAAAUAAGAGCUACCAUUGAAAGAGAUGGACAAGCUCAAGUUCUACGACAAUUUGGUGGAAUUGUGUUGGCUAAUGCCUGUGGACCUUGCAUUGGACAAUGGGACAGAAAAGAUAUUAAAAAGGGUGACAAAAACACAAUAGUUACUUCUUACAAUCGUAAUUUUACUGGAAGAAAUGAUGCUAAUCCAGCUACACAUGGUUUUGUAACUUCACCAGAAUUGGUCACAGCUUUAUCUAUAGCAGGAAGACUUGAUUUUAACCCUCUGACUGAUGAAUUAACUGGAGCUAAAGGUGAGAAAUUCAAAUUGGAAUGUCCAUCUGGAGAUGAACUACCAUCUCGAGGUUUCGAUCCAGGAGAGGAAACAUACCAGGCACCUCCCGAAGAUGGAUCUGGUAUUGCAGUUGAAGUUGAUCCCAAAAGUCAAAGACUACAACUUUUGUCUCCUUUUGACAAAUGGGAUGGAAAAGAUUUAACUGAUUUAAUUGUUCUUAUCAAGGUGAAAGGAAAAUGUACAACCGAUCACAUUAGUGCUGCUGGACCAUGGUUAAAAUAUAGAGGACAUUUAGAUAAUAUCUCCAAUAAUAUGUUUAUAGGUGCCGUAAAUUCAGAAAAUAACGAAAUGAAUAAAGUUAGGAACAAAAUAACUGGAGAAUGGGGUUCAGUUCCAGACACUGCUAGAUAUUAUAAGGCAAAUAAUAUAAGGUGGUGUGCAAUUGGAGAUGAAAAUUAUGGGGAAGGCAGCAGUAGAGAGCAUGCAGCUUUAGAACCAAGACACUUAGGUGGAAGAGCUAUCAUUGUAAAAAGUUUUGCUAGGAUUCAUGAAACAAAUCUAAAGAAGCAAGGUUUAUUACCAUUAACUUUCUCAAAUCCAAGUGAUUAUGAUAAGAUUCAGCAAGAUGAUAGGAUAUCUCUACUUGGUUUAAAAGAUUUGGCACCUGGCAAGCCGGUAAUGUGUGAAAUCAAGCACAAAGAUGGUACCAAAGACACAAUAUCUCUGAAUCACACCAUGAACGAGACACAGAUAGAAUGGUUCAGAGCGGGAAGUGCCCUAAAUCGUAUGGCAGAAACGACAAAAUAACAGAACAUACAAGAAGAAAGAAUAUUUUAUUUCUUUUUAUUAAAAAUCUUUGCAAAUAUAAAUAGAAAUUUUCAUCAGAAGAUUUAUUGGUCGAAAUGGCCUUAGAAGGAAUGAACAGUAGACUUAAUUAAGAACAGAUGUAAUUACACUAGUCUUCUCUAUGGAUGUAAUAUAAACGGAACAUAAGUUAUUUGUUAGUGUAAUUAUUAUUGUCACAAAUUUACAAAGUACUGACAAUAAAUUGUUAUAAAUAAUA